AUACAUUUAUAAAAAAAAAACAUUUUUUUUAAAUAUGCAUUUAAAAACUUCUUGCAGUGUCACUGAAUAGCUAAUUUUGUGACAACAUGCCCCACUGUAAAGGCCUCUAUCCUCAUACAGAAACAUUCAUAAAAAUAAAUGCACUUAAAUCAAUCGAUCAAUAACGGUCUCAAAACUGAAAUCAAGUUGUGAAAUCCUAUGUUUAGACGGGGGGAAAAAUAACAGAAACAAAGUAUUCAUUUAUGAAAAAUGAAGCAGGGUAGUUUUUCCCUCUUCCUAAAUGAUGAAAAGGUUUUGAAAGGCGGGUUGAGAGACGUGAAACCCCAAGUGUGUGUAUAAAAACCACUAGAGACGCACGGCUCAGAAGUCUCCCGAGUUUUCUUGAAGACAUCGCACACAAGCUUGCGUAAUCAGGAUGUCGUCAGCUCAGAGUAAGUUCAGUGCUGGAGACGGAGAGCAGACGGACGGACAGACUGACACAGCUCUUCAUGUUCUCUCUCUCUCUCUCUCUCUCACUUCCUCUGCAGACGCAGCGCUCUUCCUGUCUGUCGUACUGGCAGUGUUCAUCAGUCUGGUGGAUGCAGUGCCUGCCUACAGCGGUCUGGCCGAACUAUCCGAAACAUCUAGGGACGAGGUUCAGGACGUGGAGGGAAAGAGUCCUCUGAGCGAGCGGCAGAAGUGGUAUCUGACGGCCCGAGAUCUGCACAGAGACGUCAAGACGCUGCGAGACCAGCAGUUUGAGAGGGACUUCAGAGAGAUGGUGAACAUGACGGCGUGUGAAGGCGUGAGGAUCAAAACCCCUCUCCUCAGACCCUCAGACGGCUGUCUGUCCAGAAACUUCAGCACGGAGAGGUGUCUGAGCCGUAUAUACAUUGUCCUGUCCUGGUACAGAGAGAACUGGAGCAUCAUUGAGAAGGAAAACCUGACCUCUAGCCUUGUGAAGGACGUCAAACACGGGAGCAAACGGCUGCUGGAGGCCAUUCACAGACAGCUGCAGAUAGCGGACGGACAGGAGGAUCAGAUCUCCAGCGCUCCUCUAUCGGUCAGAUCCACAUGGACACACAAGACCACGGUCCACUCGAUCCUGUUCAACUUCAGCAGCGUGAUGAUCGACUCGUACAGAGCCCUUCAUUACAUCAGCAAACGCAAAGCAGCGCACCGAGCUAAAGACACCAAGAGACCCGCAAACUGGAGCUCUGACAAGAACUGAUUUAUCCUGACUAUCCUAUUU